UGAACUUCACUAUCAGCACUUUAAACCCUCCCUCAGAUAAGACUCGGUCUCAAAUCAGAGCAGUGCAUUCAACGUCUACUUUAUUGCCGUAAUCACCUGUGUUCUUCAAGAGUUGCUUCUGAAUUGGGAAUUUCUUCAUUGCCAUGGAUAUGGAUGGUGAUCCAUAUUUAGUAUUUAAGAUCUUCAUACCUAUCGUAGCCUUUGGUUUUUUGUCAAUCUGCUGUGCUGGCUUCUGUAAAGUAUUCCAGCGGCUUCGUAAGGAGCGUGAGGAGCGUGUUCAGGGUCAAGUUCAAGCAGCGGAUCAACCGUCUGUCUACGUCAUUCCGAUCUCUCUGUCUGAAGAUGAGCUGUACAGACCACCGCGCUACAGCACUGUACAGUUCUACGAGGCACCUCCUGCUUAUCACGAGUUAAAUCUGAAGCCCGAGGCCAGUCCUGUGGAACCCCCACCUGCAUAUUCGGAGUCCUACUCUCAUUCACCCUCACAUUCAUGAUCACACCAAACAUAAGCACAUCUCAAGCACUUGGACUGGUUAAAGGAAAAACAAGAGGCGACGUCAUAUUCUCAUGGCUUUUCCAAGGACUACUACUCAUGCUACCUAUGCAAAGGUUUAAAUGGCGAGAAAGAAAAUGUCACAGUCUGUCAGGAUUGUGAACACGUCCCACAGGGUCACAAAGACGGACUGUUUUGCACAAUGAGCAGCGGAACUUGGUUAAAAGUUUAAAAGUAUAUAUAUGUUUUGUUUCGUGAAUAUUUAUACAUUUUGUACAUGCUAUAGCUGAACCUUUUUUGUUAACUUUGUGAAAUGUGUUCCUUUAUAAUAAAUAUUGUAAAUUGUUG